CCGGUAGCCUGUCGAGAGUUGCACCACUCCAACAAUUCUUCUUCUGCAGUGUGAGUUGAGGAUCUUGCUUUUCGGUGCCGUUCGUUGGCCUCGUGUGCAUUUUCCCUACCUCUUCUCCCAUCACUCGCUUUCCACGCUCGCUUCGUCUUCCGUCCAUCGUCCCACUACAACAACAAAACCGACCGCCGGGCCUCGACUCGUUCGCACAGCACGCCCACCUGCCGUUGCCAGCUCUCCCGCGGCUGCCACGACCGACAAAGCGUUUAAUCAUCCCGCCGUUCAGACGUUCGCUGCAUAGCUGUCGACUUCAACCCCCGCGAACCGCCAGGGGCAGCUCCUGCUCGACCCCGUGCCCAUCAUGGCCACGACCCUUCCGCCUCUGGGAGCCGGCAGCGGAGGCGCCCAUACCCAGCACUCGUUACCAUCGCUCCCGGCUCAUCUCCAAUCCGACACGCACAUCACCGGGCACCUGGCCAGCCGCUUCCACGUGUCGCUCCCUACAGCUAGGCUCUCCUCACAUGGCCUUAUCUGCCUGAACACGUACACGUCGUCCACCAAGGGCCCCGAUGGUGGCAAGGCUGGGAGCGCCAUGGCCGGCGCCGAGGACCUGGCCGACCGCGCUUGGCUGCGGCUGGGCCAUCGGUCAGAGAAUCAGGCCAUCAUGUUUCUCGGCGAGUCCGGUUCUGGCAAAUCGACUGUCCGUAACCACGUCCUUACGGCUCUGCUCGACAAGUCGUCCACGCCACUCUCCACCAAGCUUUCUCUAGCCGCCUAUGUCUUCGACACCCUCACCACGACCAAGACCGCAACUACCCCGACCGCCUCCAAGUCUGGUCUCUUCUACGAGCUCCAGUAUGACACUGCAGCCACCACCAGCCCGAUCCUUAUCGGUGGCAAGCUGCUGGAUCAUCGCCUGGAGAGGAGUCGGAUUGCCGAUGUGCCGACUGGAGAGCGAAACUUCCACAUUCUCUACUACCUCCUGGCUGGCACCAGCAAUGCCGAAAAGCAGCACCUUGGUCUCGAUGAGUCCAAGCGGUGGAAGUAUCUCGGCCAUCCGACUCAGCUCAAGGUUGGUAUCAAUGAUGCUGAGGGGUUCCAGCUCUUCAAAAAUGCGCUGAGGAAGCUCGAGUUCCCCAGAGCCGAAAUUGCCGAGAUUUGCCAAAUUUUGGCAAGUAUCCUCCACCUGGGACAGCUCGAGUUCGAGUCCACCAGUAAUACGAGUGCUACCGCCGACGACAGCGGCGGCUUUUCUCACGAAGGCGGCAACAUCACAACGACGGUGAGGAACAAGGAUGUCCUCGCCAUAAUUGCUGCUUUCUUGGGUGUCAGCACCGGCGAUCUUCAGAGCACGCUGGGGUACAAGACCAAGAUGAUCCAAAAGGAGCGCGUUACCGUUAUGUUGGAUCCUAAUGGCGCUCGUUCCCACGCAAACGAGCUGGCACGCACGCUUUAUUCCCUCUUGGUGGCUUGGAUCAUGGAAAGUGCCAACCAGCGCAUUUGUGCUCCCGAAGAGUCAAUCGCCAAUACCAUCUCGAUCGUUGACUUCCCCGGCUUUGCUCAACAGAGCUCCACUGGCUCAACCCUGGAUCAGCUGUUGACCAACGCGGCCACUGAGGCCGUCUACAAUAUGACGCUGCACAACUUUUUUGAUCGCAAGGCAGAAAUGCUCGAAUCUGAGGAGGUUGGUGUCGCUCCGACCAGCUAUUUCGACAACUCGGAUGCUGUCAAGGGUCUGCUCAAGUCUGGCAACGGCCUCUUGAGCAUCUUGGACGACCAGACUCGGCGCAACAGGACCGACGUCCAGCUCCUCGAGAGCCUUCGAAAGCGCUUUGAAGGCAAGAACCCGGCCAUCGAGGUCAGCUCGUCCACCGCGAGGCUACCGGGCAGCAAUUUCCUGACCGAGAACACGGCUGCCUCCUUCACUAUCAAGCAUUUUGCUGGUGAGGUGGAUUACCCCACAAGGGGUUUGAUAGAGGAAAACGGCGAAGUCGUCUCCGUCGAUUUGCUCAACAUGUUCAAUUCGACCAAGAGCGAGUUUGUUGCUCGGCUCUUUGGCCAAGAGGCGCUUCAGACCAUAUCACAUCCCCACGAGCGCACCACGGUCAUGCAGGCGACGAUCAGCUCCAAACCCAUGCGUGCCCCGAGUGUCUUUACACGGAAGGGCGGUCGCGGAGGCCGCAUCGCAGCCGCCGCGGCCCAGCGGCGGCAACAGGCGGCCAUGGAUCAGCUAGAGCAGGAGAGCGACACCAAAAGUACCAGGACCGGAGGCGCCAACAAGCCAACCGAACAAGGCGCCUCUGGCCAGUUCCUCGCCUCCCUCGACAACUUGCAGAAGGCUGUAACCGACCCCGGCACGAACGCCUACUUCGUCUUCUGCUUGAAACCCAAUGAUCGUCGCAUUGCCAACCAAUUUGACAGCAAAUGCGUUCGCACUCAGGUGCAAACCUUUGGCAUCGCUGAGAUCAGCCAGCGAUUGCGCUCAGCCGAUUUUAGCCUGUUCCUCCCGUUCGGAGAGUUUCUCGGGAUGGCCGACGCAGAAACCAUUCUCGUGGGCAGUGAACGCGAGCGCGUCGAGAUGGUAAUCGAUGAGAAGCGAUGGCCAAGCAACGAGGUGCAGGUCGGCGCUACCGGUGUCUUCCUAAGCGAGCGUUGUUGGAUGGAGAUUGCCCACCUCUCCGAGAAGGGAAGCACAAUGACCGGUCGCUUUGGUGCGUCAUCCGAUGCUGAUGGAGGCGACGGCCUCACGCCAGGCGAAGCCCAUCAUGUCUAUGGUGCGUCCAAAGAACAGCUCUUAUCCGCCGGCACCACCCCUCUCAUGUACGGCGAGAAGGGAAAGAUGGGGUACUUCGGUGGCUCGGACGACGCACGGUCCGAAGCUGGCGCUUCGGCACUGGGAGCUGGCGACAUGUUCAAGAACUUCGACACUCGCGAGCAAAUGGCGGAGCGCGGCAACGAAAAGAAGCUCGAGGAAGUGGAGGAGUUCAAAGACAGCCCCAGCCGCAAGCGUUGGGUCUUCACCGUAUACCUCUUGACCUGGUUCAUCCCCGACUUCCUCAUUCGCUGGCUCGGACGCAUGCCUCGCAAGGACGUCCGUAUGGCAUGGAGGGAAAAGGUGGCCAUCAAUAUGCUCAUCUGGUUCCUUUGCUUGGUCGCUGCCUUCUUUAUUGUCGUCUUCCCGAUGCUCAUCUGCCCCAAGCAGAACGUCUACAGCGCCCAAGAACUAUCCUCGCAUGAUGGAAAAGGUGGCAACAGCGCCUUCGUAUCCAUCCGUGGCUAUGUCAUCGACCUGGGUGCUUUCGCAAAAUCGCACUACCCGCCCUUCCUGGGCACGGCACCCUUGCUGAAAUACGCUGGGAAAGACGUCAGCUCGUUGUUCCCGAUUCAGGUUUCCGCGCUGUGCCAGGGCGCCACUGGCUCUGUCAGCCCCCAGGUGACCCUGGACUACAAGAAUACCAACUUCACCGGCUCACCAAGUCUCAUCAACAUGCAGGACCUCAACGCCCAGUACCACGACUUUCGUCACUUCACCAACGACAGUCGUCCUGACUGGUAUCUCGAGAGUCUACUGACACUCCGAGGAAACUGGGGUGCAGGCAAGAUUGGUUACUCGCCCGAGUAUGUGCAGAAGCUCAGCCAGAAGCAGCAGUCGAUUGUUAUCUUGAACAGCAAAGUAUACGAUAUGACGACGUACCUUACUGGUGGGCGCAAGAUGCGCGCCAAGCCUGGGGAGAAGCUCGACGACGACGUUAGCCAAACCCAGUUCAUGGAUCAAGCAGUCGUAUCACUUUUCCAGUUGAGGGCUGGAGACGACAUUACCAAGUUCUGGAAUUCGUUGACGAUCAGCCCCGAAGUGAAGAAUAGGAUGAUGACCUGCCUGGACCACCUGUUUUAUGUCGGCGACGUCGACACAAGAAACUCGACGCGCUGCAAGUUUGCCGAGUACCUCGUGCUGGCUGUGUCUGUCCUUCUGGCGUCCGUCAUUGCUUUCAAGUUCUUUGCUGCGCUCCAAUUUGGAGGCAAGAACUUGCCGGAGAACCUCGAUAAGUUCGUGCUGUGUCAAAUCCCGGCGUAUACGGAGGACGAAGAGUCGCUUCGUCGUGCCAUUGACUCAGCCGCCAGGAUGCGCUACGACGACAAGCGCAAACUCCUGGUUGUUGUCUGUGACGGCAUGAUUAUCGGUCAGGGCAACGAUAGACCGACGCCCCGAAUUGUGCUUGAUAUUCUUGGUGUAUCGGAGAGCGUUGACCCUGAACCGCUGAGCUUUGAAUCUCUCGGUGAGGGCCAGAAGCAGCACAACAUGGGCAAGGUCUACUCGGGUCUCUACGAGGUUCAGGGACACAUUGUUCCGUUCAUGGUCAUCGUCAAGGUCGGCAAGCCGUCUGAAGUCGCCCGCCCUGGCAACCGCGGCAAGCGAGAUUCGCAGAUGAUUCUCAUGCGAUUCCUAAACCGCGUCCACUACAACCUCCCCAUGAGCCCGCUGGAGCUGGAGAUGUACCAUCAGAUCCGCAACAUCAUCGGCGUCAACCCGACUUUCUAUGAGUUUAUGUUCCAGAUCGACGCGGACACGGUCGUUGCACCCGAUUCAGCUACGCGCAUGGUGGCCGCCUUCCUCAACGACACUCGCCUCAUUGCGUGUUGCGGCGAGACAGCCUUGACGAAUGCUAAGUCGUCCUUCAUCACCAUGAUUCAAGUCUACGAAUACUACAUCUCGCAUAACUUGUCUAAAGCCUUUGAGAGUCUUUUCGGUUCAGUCACCUGCUUACCCGGCUGUUUCUCCAUGUAUCGGAUUCGGGCUGCCGAGACGGGCAAGCCGCUGUUUGUCAGCCGCGAGGUCGUCGAGUCGUAUGCCACGAUUCGCGUGGACACCCUUCACAUGAAGAACCUGCUGCACCUGGGCGAGGAUCGCUACCUGACGACGCUGCUUCUCAAGUAUCAUUCCAAGUAUAAGACCAAGUACCUGUUCUCGGCUCAUGCCUGGACCAUUGCACCGGAUUCUUGGAAGGUCUUUCUGUCCCAGCGACGCCGCUGGAUCAACUCGACUGUGCACAACUUGAUCGAGCUGAUCCCGAUGAAUCAGCUCUGUGGUUUCUGCUGCUUCAGCAUGCGUUUCAUCGUCUUUAUUGACUUGCUCAGCACUAUCGUUCAGCCGGUCACGAUUGCUUACAUCAUCUACCUGAUUGUUCUCGUCGCGACAAAGGCUACGGUUGUGCCCAUCACGGCCUUCAUCCUCCUCGGCGCCAUUUACGGUCUACAGGCUAUCAUCUUCAUCCUGCGCCGGAAGUGGGAAAUGGUCGGCUGGAUGAUACUGUACGUGCUUGCUAUACCCGUCUUCAGCUUUGGUCUCCCGUUGUAUGCCUUCUGGCACAUGGACGACUUCAACUGGGGUAACACGCGUGUGGUCGCCGGCGAGAACGGAAAGAAGGUCGUUGUCACCGAUGAGGGCAAGUUUGAUCCCAACUCGAUCCCGCGCAAAAAGUGGGAAGAGUACCAGGCAGAGCUCUGGGAGACGCAGACGUCGCGAGACGAUACCCGCUCCGAGAUCUCGGGCUUCAGCUACGGCACUAAGGCCCCCGUGGCCGUGUCCGAGUACGCCUUCCCCAGUCGGCCGGAUUCGACGACUGGCUUCGCCGCACAUCCAUCGAUGCAGCAACUGCCGUAUGACUCUCGCAACGUCUCGCGCAUGUCACUGGCAGCAUCAGAGAUGGGCGGCAAUCGCAUGAGCCACUUUGGCGGCUCCCAGUUCUUCAGCCCCGAGGACAUGGUCGGCUUGCCGAGCGACGAUGCGCUUCUGGCCGAGAUCCGUGACAUCCUCAAGACAGCGGACCUCAUGACGGUGACAAAGAAGGGCAUCAAGCAGGAGCUUGAGCGCCGUUUCGAUGUGCCCCUGGACGCGAAGCGAGCCUACAUCAACAGUGCAACUGAGGCUCUUCUUUCUGGCCAGCUUUAAGCGGGCAGGCAACGACAUGCAUGGCCUGUUUGGGCGUAUACUGCGAUAUUUUUUGUUAUUUAGGAGUCGUUGGCGAACGAGACUCGUUUAUUUGCCAGCUCAUCUUGGCUGCAUCACUGAGACUGUCUGGAUAGCUCGCAUAUACUCUGCAUAAUCUCUGCUAGGCUGUCGGUGCAUUCUUUGAGUGGAGCGGGAUUUCCACACCAACAUUGAUGGGACGGGUCGAACGGGCACGAAGCGUUUGCACACGGGGUAAUAUAUCAGGUGUUCCUCGGCUUAGGGGUCGAACUGUACAGACAGACAUAGCAGUGUAAUGGAACAAGCCUCUUGAU